GCCCCAGAGCUAGAGCCGAACAAGCCGUGCGACCAAGUCGGAGAGUUGACUCCCGGAGUUGACUUUUAGUUUUAGAGGAUAAGAAGCCCAAGUAAUGCACUGGAAGUUAUUGUUGAACCAAAUAUAAAUGACAGUACUUGACAGAGGAGCAUCACCCAUUGAAGGUAAUCAGCUUCAAGACUACCCUGGACCAAUGGAUGAUACUGGAGAGGAGUCAUGUGAUGCUAUCAUGAAGGAUCCUCGAAAUGGAUCCUCUGAGAACCAUAGUACACCUACAGUAAAGGAAAGUGAUCCUGGAUUCGAGAUGACUCCUGGUGCAGUUCAAAUACCUGAUAGUGGAGCAACCAGCUUUAGUUUGAGGAAAUUGUGGGUUUUCACCGGUCCAGGUUUCCUGAUGAGCAUAGCCUACCUUGAUCCAGGAAACAUAGAGUCGGAUCUUCAGUCAGGUGCUGUAGCUGAAUACAAGCUACUAUGGGUAUUAAUGUGGUGUACAGUGAUGGGUUUAGUGUUACAGCUACUUGCCGCCAGGUUGGGAUCUGUCACAGGUCAGUUAAUCCUUUUUCCCAUUUAUUUGAUCAAGGUCAAUUGCCUUUGAUGUUAAGAGCAGUGAAGUUUAUUUAAAGGACAUGUACACCCAAACAAAAAGUGGAUUUGAAUAAAAAGAGAAAAAUCCAACAAGCACAACACUGAAAAUUUCAUCAAAAUCAGAUGUAAAAUAAGAAAGUUAUGACAUUUUUAAGUUUUGCUUAAUUUCACAAAAUAGUUAAAUUCACAUCCUGGUCGGUAUGCAAAUGAGGGAACUGAUGACAUCACUCACUCACUAUUUCUUUUGUAUUUUAUUAUAUGAAAUAUUCUAAUUUUCUCCUCAUUGUCAUGUGAAACAAAGUUUUAUUUCGCCCUGAACAUGUGGAAUUACUAUUGUUUAACAUUUUAUGUUUCAGUCAAGUUGGUCUCUAUUGUCAAAUCUGUAAAAAUUGAAAUAUUGUAUAAUUCAAACAAUAAAAAACAAAAGAAAUAGUGAGUGAGGGACAUCAUCGAUUCUCUCAUUUGCAUGUAACUAAAUUGUGCAUAUAACUAUUUUGUGAAAAAUAAGCGAAACUUUAAAAUAUAACUUUCUUAUUUUACAUCCGAUUUUGAUGAAAUUUUCACCAUUAUGCUUGUCUGAUUUUUCUCUAUUGAUUCAAAUCAACAUUUUUCUGAGGUGGACUUGACCUUUAUGGUGUGUGACUUUGAUGAUAUAUACAUGUAUGUGCUUUGUACUUUAUUUUGAAAGUUGAAACAGAAAUGGAAUGAUGAUGAAAGUUGGUUUGUUUGUUUGCUUGCAUUUAUUUCUGCGUUCAAAAACACAAUACAAAAAUAUUUACAAUUACAAUAUACAAAAUAAUUCACAAUAUAAACAAUGUAGUCAUAUUACAUGAUAAAUACAAAUAAGAGUGUGAGUAUAAAUUAAUCUUUUAUAAAUGUAAACAUAUAUAUAUAAUGUAAUAAAUGAACGCAGGAGACCACCAUCGUGAGCGGUAAGGCUUGAAUUGAUGGCGGCCUCAUAAAAAGAUUCGUGACUUAGAUUGAUAUUUACUGGUCAAGUGGGUGCAUUGCAGGUGCAGGUGCUGUAUAGCAGUUGAGUAAAAUCAGAAUGUUAAAUAGCGAAUGUGGAUAUUUGAGUGAAUGUUUUAAUUUGGAGCGAGGGGUUGAUAAGAUUGAAUGAUAGUUUUCUUUAGAGUGGCUUUUAAUGAGUAUAUGGUAGAACAAGUUUUAAUAUUGUUUGGAAGAUCAUUCCAAAUGUCUGGACCAUGAUGUCGAAUUGAUUUAGAGGCAAUUAACAGUCUGGGGUUAGAGAGAUGAAAGUUUCCGGAUAUGCGCGUUGGGUAAGUAUGGACAGAACUAUUAAAUUUAAACAUGUUAUCAAAAGACGAAGGGAGCAGAUUGUUAAUAUAUUUAAACAUAAUUAUAGCUAUUUGAAUAGUAUAUAAGUCGGCAAUUUUUAAUGUCUUUUGUUUAAAAAAUAAAGGAUCGGUGUGAGCCAAAUAAUGCGA